CAGUCAGACAGAGAGUGAGACAGAUAAACAGCCAGACAGACCGACAGACAGACAGACAGACAGACAGACUUUGACAUUUAUUGGAUUCAUUUUGGAUUAAACAGCAGAACCAGGAGGCACCUAUUAGGUGACGGUGGAAUUCGGGCGGCCCUGCAUGAUGCGAGGAUGGCGCCUCUGCUGCCCCCUGUUGGUUCAGAGGUCUUCAGACGCUUCACACCAGCGUCGCUGGAGGAGAUCCAACGACGACAUGAAGUCGAGGAGAAGGAGCAACAAAGGAGGAAGGAGAAGAACAUUGAGAUAGCGGAGGAAAAUCUUCCUAAACCAGCUAGUGACCUAGAGGCUGGGAAACCCCUCCCAUUCAUCUACGGAGACCCGCCCCCUAAGCUUCUCAACACCCCACUGGAGGAGCUGGAUCCCUUCUACCAAUCACAAAAGACAUUCAUUGUGCUUGGUAAAGGAAACAUCAUCUACAGGUUUAACGCUGAGCCAUCCUGUAACCUGCUGAGUCCAUUCAACCCACUGAGGACUGUCGCCAUCAAGAUCCUCAUUCAUUCUUUAUUCAGUUUGUUCAUCAUGGUGACGAUUCUGACCAACUGUGCUUUUAUGACGAUGAGUGAUCCUCCAGCAUGGAGCAAGACUGUGGAAUACGUCUUUACAUUCAUCUACACAUUUGAAGCAACCACCAAAGUUAUGUCCAGAGGAUUCUGUGUUGGAGAGUUCACCUUCCUCAAAGACCCCUGGAACUGGCUGGACUUUAUGGUCAUCAGCAUGGCGUACCUGACAGAGUUUGUAGAUUUGGGAAAUGUUUCUGUGUUGAGGACAUUUAGAGUUCUUCGUGCUCUGAAGACCAUUACAGUCAUCCCUGGUCUGAAGACGAUUGUUGGAGCUCUUAUCCAAUCAGUGAAGAAGCUGGCUGAUGUCAUGAUCCUGACGGUGUUCUGCCUCAGUGUCUUCGCUCUGAUCGGUCUGCAGCUCUUCAUGGGAAACCUGCGGCAAAAAUGUGUCUUAAUGCCACCUCUGUUGCUUAGCAACCACACGUCUGAUAUAGACCGUGAUUACCAUGGCAAUGACAUGCACGCCAACAAUACAGGAAGCAGUGACUUUGAUUUCUACGAAUACAUCAACAACCCAGAGAACUACUACUACCUACCUGGUCAGCUUGAUGCUCUGCUGUGUGGAAACAGCUCUGAUGCUGGGGUCUGUCCAGAGGGUUACCUCUGUCUGAAGGCUGGGAGAAACCCAAACUACGGCUACACCAGCUACGACUCAUUUGGUUGGGCGUUCCUCUCUCUGUUCAGAUUGAUGACCCAGGACUUUUGGGAAAACCUUUUCCACCUGACACUGCGAGCAGCAGGUAAAACCUACAUGAUCUUCUUUGUGGUCGUCAUCUUUCUUGGCUCGUUCUACCUCAUUAAUCUCAUCCUGGCUGUGGUUGCCAUGGCGUAUGCCGAGCAGAAUGAGGCCACCAUCGCUGAGGCAAAACAGAAGGAGGAGGAGUAUGCUCAGAUUCUGGAGGCGCUGAAGAGGAGGGAGGAGGAGCAGGUGGCAUGCAGAGCGCUCUCAGACAAACAGAAUUCAGCACAACAGGAGAAGAAUUCAUCCACAGAAAUAAAAAGCAACGAGCAAGAACACACUACCAUGGAAGACUUUGAGGGCGACCAGAGACCAUGUCCUCCAUGUUGGUACCCCUUCACUGAUAUCUUCCUGAAGUGGAACUGUUGUGGCUGUUGGCGGUGGCUCAAACAAUGUCUCUACACCAUUGUCAUGGACCCAUUCGUUGAUCUCGGGAUCACCAUCUGCAUCGUCCUCAACACUGUCUUUAUGGCCAUGGAGCAUUAUCCAAUGACAGAGGAGUUUGCGGAACUUCUAAGCAUCGGAAAUCUGGUCUUCACAGGGAUCUUCACAGCUGAAAUGGUCCUCAAACUUCUGGCCAUGGACCCAUACUUCUACUUCCAGGUGGGUUGGAACAUCUUUGACAGCAUCAUUGUCACCAUGAGUCUGGUGGAGCUGGGAUUGGCUGACGUUCAGGGCUUGUCUGUGCUGCGUUCAUUCCGAUUGAUGCGGGUGUUUAAGCUGGCCAAGUCAUGGCCGACCCUCAACAUGUUGAUAAAGAUCAUUGGGAACUCUGUGGGUGCCCUGGGGAACCUGACUCUUGUCUUGGCGAUCAUCGUCUUUAUCUUUGCCGUGGUCGGGAUGCAGCUCUUUGGGAAAAGCUACAAAGACUGCGUCUGUCGCAUCUCGGGGGACUGCGAGCUUCCUCGCUGGCACAUGAACGACUUCUUCCAUGCCUUCCUCAUCAUCUUCAGGGUCCUGUGUGGGGAGUGGAUCGAGACCAUGUGGGACUGCAUGGAGGUUGCAGGUCAGACCAUGUGUCUGAUCGUCUUCAUGAUGGUGCUUGUCAUUGGAAACCUGGUGGUCCUAAAUCUGUUCCUGGCCCUGUUACUGAGCUCAUUCAGCGGUGAUAAUCUUGCAGCUCCAGAAGAUGAAGGAGAAAACAACUUGCAGAUCGCCAUAAACCGGAUCAAUAGGGCUGUGGCCUGGACAAAGACCUGGAUUCUGGAACAUAUCUGGGCUUUAAUAGGAAAGAAGGACCACAUUAAUCCAGACCACACCAGUAGGACCAGACCUUUAACUGCAGUCGACAGUGAAGAAGAUAACAGGAUGACAAAGGAGUUUUUGGCUUUGAACUUAGUGACCUCAGACCAGUCGAUGUCAGAGGUUAAGUCCCUUGGCUGUAACCAUGACAACGUGACCAGCAACUACCACAACAUUGCCUCCCUCAGGGUCCCCAUCGCAGAGGCAGAGUCUGACUUUGAGACGCCUGACAAUGAUGAUGACGAUGAUGACGAAAAGGAGGAAGAGGAAGAGGAAGAAGAGCUCUCCCAGUGUGACCAGUCCUCGGUCUGCAGCACUGUGCAGAAACUUCCUGAAGUUCAGGAGGACGAAGAGGAUGAAGAUCAAAAUGCAAACACACCUGUGGACUGCUUUACUGACAAGUGUUACCAACGCUGUCCAUUCCUGGACAUAGACACGUCUCAGGGCAGAGGGAAGGUCUGGUCUAAUUUCAGAAGAACCUGUUUCUCCAUUGUGGAACAUAACUACUUUGAGACCUUCAUCAUUUUCAUGAUACUGAUGAGCAGUGGAGCUCUGGCAUUUGAGGACAUCUACAUGGAGCAGCGUCAGGUCAUAAAGACGGUUCUGGAAUAUGCAGACCAGGUGUUCACGUACGUGUUUGUAGUAGAGAUGAUUCUUAAAUGGGUCGCCUAUGGAUUCAAGACUUACUUCACCAACGCCUGGUGCUGGCUCGACUUCCUCAUUGUAGACGUGUCUCUGGUGUCUCUGACAGCAAACAUCCUUGGAUACUCUGAGCUGGGAGCCAUCAAGUCUCUGAGGACUCUGAGAGCUCUGAGGCCACUGAGGGCCCUGUCUCGCUUUGAGGGCAUGAGGGUGGUGGUGAACGCCCUGAUUGGAGCGAUCCCAUCGAUCUUUAACGUGCUGUUGGUGUGUCUGAUCUUCUGGCUGAUCUUCAGCAUUAUGGGAGUGAAUCUGUUUGCAGGAAAGUUUUAUUACUGUUUUAAUGAGACGUCUGAGGAGUUUUUUCUCCCUGAAAUCGUCAACAAUAAGACAGAGUGUUUGGCAUUAAUUGAGGCAAACUUCACUGAGAUCCGCUGGAAGAACCUUAAAGUGAACUUUGACAACGUGGGGAUGGGCUACCUGUCACUGCUACAAGUGGCCACAUUUAAAGGCUGGAUGGACAUCAUGUACGCAGCAGUGGACUCCAGAGAUGUGGAGUCCCAACCGAUCUACGAAGCCAAUCUGUACAUGUACAUUUACUUUGUCUGCUUCAUCAUCUUCGGCUCCUUCUUCACCCUGAACCUCUUCAUUGGAGUCAUCAUCGAUAACUUCAACCAGCAGAAAGCCAAGAUGGGAGGAACAGAUAUUUUCAUGACGGAGGAGCAGAAGAAAUAUUAUAAUGCCAUGAAGAAACUAGGCUCAAAGAAACCUCAGAAACCUGUUCCUCGACCUGAGAAUAAGUUCCAGGGUUUGGUCUUUGACCUGGUGACCCAACAGUUCUUCGACAUUUUCAUCAUGGUGUUGAUCUGCCUCAACAUGGUGACCAUGAUGGUAGAGACGGACGAGCAGAGUGCGGAAAAAGAAAUGAUCCUGUACUGGGUCAACCUCGUUUUCAUCAUCAUCUUCACCAUGGAGUGCUCUCUGAAGGUCAUCGCGCUCCGGCAGCAUUAUUUUUCCGUAGGCUGGAACAUCUUCGACUUUGUGGUCGUCAUCCUGUCCAUUGUAGGUCUCCUCCUUGCUGAUAUCAUAGAAAAGUAUUUUGUUUCACCCACGCUUUUCCGAGUAAUCAGACUGGCUCGAAUCGGCCGAGUCCUUCGCCUCAUUCGUGGAGCCAAGGGGAUCCGGACACUACUGUUUGCCCUGAUGAUGUCACUUCCUGCUCUCUUCAACAUUGGCCUCCUCCUCUUCCUCAUCAUGUUCAUCUUCUCUAUCUUUGGCAUGUCCAACUUUGCCUACGUGAAGAAGGAAGCCAUUAUCGAUGACAUGUUUAACUUUGAGACGUUUGGAAACAGCAUGAUUUGUUUGUUUAUGAUUACCACGUCAGCUGGAUGGGACGGUCUGCUGAGUCCCAUCAUGAACACACCACCGGACUGCGACCCCGCCAUAGAUAACCCGGGAACAACGGUCAGAGGGAACUGUGGUAAUCCAGCAAUGGGCAUCGUCUUCUUCACCACCUACAUCAUCAUGUCCUUUCUGGUGGUGGUCAACAUGUACAUUGCUAUCAUCCUGGAGAACUUCAAUGUAGCCACAGAAGAGAGCUCUGACCCUCUGUGUGAGGACGACUUUGAAAUGUUUUAUGAAACCUGGGAGAAGUUUGACCCUGACGCGUCACAGUUUAUACAGUACAGUAAGCUAUCAGAUUUCUGCGACACUCUGAAGGAUCCUUUGAGGAUUCCCAAACCAAACACCAUCAAACUGAUCCACAUGGAUCUGCCUCUGGUUCCUGGAGACAAGAUCCACUGUCUGGACAUCCUGCUUGCACUCACUGCACAGGUUUUGGGUGAUUCAGGAGAGAUGGACACUCUCAAAGCCAGUAUGGAGGAGAAGUUCAUGGCCAACAACCCCUCCAAGGUGUCAUAUGAACCAAUCAGUAGCACUCUACGAAGAAAACAGGAAGAAGUGGCGGCGACAGUGAUCCAAAGAGUGUAUAGGAAACACCUCCUGCAGCGGACAGUCAAACUGGCGUCCUACAAAUACAGAGAGAAGGUGGAGGGACGGCGAGACCAGAAGGCUCCGCCAGAGACAGAGGGACUUCUCUGUGAACGACUCAGUCAGCUGUAUGGAAACAUAGCGGAGACAGAGGAGCCCAUCUCAAGUGAGGAUCCCCCCGCCCGUGUGGAGCUUCAGAGCGAGUUUCUCCUCCACGCUGCUCCUCCUCUCAAUGCCCCUGACUUCCUGCGACACGAGAAUCUGAGGGAGUCUAUUGUCUGAGGAUGUUUCUGUAGUUUUUUCCUGUUUUUCCUCUGUACUGUGCAAACUCACCUCUGGUGUUUCUUGUUGGAGGAGCAGCUACAGCAUCUGUGGAGACUCCGCAGAGCGUCAAGUCACAGCAGAGACAAGGUCACAGUGAACACUGCAGAUCUUCGACCAUCGAUGACGCUUAAACUGUGUCAGUUGAUUCGGUUCUUCCUGUGGCUUUGCACUUGAAAAUGUCUUGUGCUGAGGUUUUUAAUCUUCUAACAGUUCCCUUCUAACGCUGAUUAACUUUAUCCACAUUAUCAGUAACUCUGUUAGCAGCAAUCUGUGACUUGUCUGUAAACUAUCAGUCCCAGACAAGGUGAUACCUUCCUGUUCCCAGGUGUUUCUUAGCUUUGACUGCUCCACAGUGUUCUUUAUAGUCAGAAAAGAACUGUGUUUUGAUGGAGAUAGCCAAUCACGUGGCUGUAUUGGUGGUCAAAUCUGUAACUAAAUAAAUAACUCUCACUAGAUGACUUUAUGACCUCCUAAUCUGCAGUAACACCUUUUCCCUACCAGUCCCAUUACCUAACCUUCCCCACCUACCUGCACACCUGUUCCUACUUUCUCCAUCAUCCCAUUCCCAUUCACUCUUUGCAGGUUGUUGUAUGAUCUGGUUUCCUUUUGCCUGCAUGGUUCUGACCUGUUUUCUGACCACAAGAAACUUUUACUUUUCUUGUCUCUUGGUCAUGGAUCUGGGUUCAAACCUGUUACUUGUCAGUGGUUACUGACCGAGUAGGCAGCCACUUAGAGGGCAGCAUUUAAACAGAUCAGACCUGGUUACAUUAGUUAAGGAGACUUAAAUAGAGUUCAGGAAUAUUCAACAAUAUUGGAGGGAAAAUCAAACUAGAGACAAAGACUGCCACCAGAGCUGAAAGAAAAAAAAAAAUCUUGUUUUUACCAUGUUGUUAGUACACUGGUCAUGAUAUGUCCCAGUAUUGAUCUCAAUAUCUACUAGAAUAUAUGAAACUAACUUAACUAAAAAUUAUUUUUCCAUCUGAAUCAGUGUCUGUGAGCAGUGAGUGAACAGGUUGUAGCGUAGCUUUGUUCCUCUGCUGCCUGUGAACUGAUUUCUGUGUUUCUAUGUAGGGAUGAGGGUCAAAGGUUGUGACCUUUAUGCUCCCAAGUGCCUUCUCUCUCCGCUUCCCUACAGUGUCAACAGUGUGCCACACUAACUAAUGUUAGCUUAUAAAUGGAGUCCGCUAACGUCUACAAAUGACCGACACCCACCACAACACAGAGUCCAACACAAAGUCCAAAGUCAAAGCUAUCAUUACUGAAAAGCUUGUGGGACAUAUUGUCUGAUUGGCUUACAGCUGGAUAACAUUAGGUUUCUUUCUAACAUAGGCUAAUGAAGCAAAUUACCAUUAGCUAGCUUCAUCAAAACUCCCAGGGCUGAUUUGGCUGGUUGUCAUUUGCAGGUUACUUUGUCGGCUGGUACCAGUUAUUCAGCGUGGCUUUGUUGCACUUGUUGGUUAACCUUAGCCUGCUUGCUCACUCACGUUUUUGCUAUCAAAAUACUUUGAGUUGGCUCAUAUUAGCUUGCUUCCUGACUAACUUUAUACUGCAGAAGGGCCACUAGUGUUACUGUUAACAACAGUUUAAUGAAAGUUACACAUAGACGUUUUAAUAAUCCGUCUCCAUUUGUGGUAUUCUUUGAUUCUGCAGGUUGUUUUUUUACAGCUGACUGAGCUCUUUAUGUGAAUCUACAGCUAGUAAACAUCAGUCAGACAAUUACAUAUGUGGACCAGUUAGUUAACAGCCCAUCCAUCAUCAAACUUGGGAAAAGUUAAAGGUCCAGUUUGAACCUGAACCUGAACUGAUCAAAGCUACAACAGCUAAACGAUAACAUUAUCUCCACAGGGGAACUAAGGACAAUGCAACAAAUAUAACUUGAAUUGACAAAAACUAUGUUAAAAAGAGCAGUGUUUUGAUUAUAAAACAGGCAGAUGAGAAAUGUCCAAGGAUGGACUUUAAGAGAAGUGGUUAAUUAAUAAAAAUUGAUCAUUAAUGACUGAUUUUGUCUUUAGCUCCCUCUUCUUCACUGAGCGGAUCCUCCUUUCUCUUUCUUUCUUUCUUUCUUAUUUCAUGUAUUUUUGUAUGGCGUAUGGUAUAUCAGUGUGAUUAUAAUAUUAAUCUUUGCAGUAAUCAUCAGUUGUCGCUUUUUCAUAUUUUGGUUCUUUAAGAAUUCUCUCAAUGUGAUCGGCCCAUGACUGUCAGAGUCAUCAGCUUGCUGACUGGUCAAUUUUGAAAUGUUUGAUGAAUAUCUUGUGACCUUCAGUGAUGAUUAACUGAUUAAAGUUUUAAACAGA